CUUUUCUUUUUUUCUCCUUACCAAACGAAUUCUCUCAUUUUAAAGAACUCUAUCUCGUACCAAGUUUUUUAUUUGUUUUCUUUUUUUUUUCCUUUUUUUACUUUUUUUCUUCUCUCCUUUCUUUCACGAGAUGUGGAUUUAUCCUACGUUCUUCAUCGUUAUCGCAGGUGUUCACACGGUCAGAACAGCCGAUUGGUCAUAUUGGGGAGAUCAUGGUCCUAACAAUUGGCCAGGACAAUGCAAAACUGGAAAGAAACAGUCGCCUAUUAACAUCGUUACGGUGAAUACAAUAAAAAAAGAUUUGGGUGAGCUUCAUUUCAUAGGAUACGAUCAUUCGUUCAACGGAAUGGUAACCAAUAAUGGACAUACCAUACAAGUUAAUCUUCAUGAUUUGCCAAUGCAAUUGGAAAGCGAAUAUCUUUCGUCAAAAUAUACCUUCGAACAAUUACAUUUUCAUUGGGGAUCUGAGCAUACAAUAAAUUCUUAUCGUUAUCCCUUGGAAAUGCAUUUGGUUCAUUACAAUGAUCAAUAUAAUAAUGCCAGUAUAGCAUCUGAGAAUAAGAACGGUAUAGUCGUGGUUACCGUAUUGUUCAAGUUAAGUCAGGAGGAUAAUAAGGCAUUAAAUCCAAUAAUAAAUGCAACUGAGCAAGUUUCAGCAUGGGUCGGAAGUAGUACAGCUGCAUUAAGAGCAAAACUCGUCCCCCAUUUAUUACUUCCGAAUAAUCGAAAGAGUUAUUAUACCUACGAAGGAUCAUUGACUACUCCUAAUUGUCAGGAAGUAGUAACAUGGUUCAUAAUGACUGAAGAACUCACAAUAUCCAAAGAUCAGUUAGGAGUCUUCCAAGGCGUCGAGUCAGCCAAUGGAACAUUGAAAUUCAAUUAUCGACCGAAUCAAAAUGAAGGCGAUCGAGAGAUUUAUCAUCAUCUUUCAGGAUAUUCCAAUGCCAGAAGAAUGUUUUCGAUUCAUAUAUAUCUUAUCAUUUUCUGUCUUUCCAUUAUGAAAUUAUCAUAACUGCCAAAUUCAAUAAUUUUUUGCACGGUAAUAAUGAUCUUGCCAAAGAUUAUAUAAGUAAGUAUGACAUAUAUAUAUAUAUAUAUAUAUAUAUAUAUAUAUACAUGUCUUUUCUUUUUUUUUCUUCGAUAAAACGCAAAACGCGUUAUUUCGUAAGCAAAACGCCUUAAUCGUUAUUAUUAUUAUUAUUAUUAUUAUUAUUAUUAUUAUUAUUAUUAUUAUUAUUAUUAUUUUUAUGCAUAAUCGCUGAUAAUAUUUAUUUAACAACUUUGUAUUUUCUUCGAGAUUUAGGAUAAGGAAGUUUUCUUUUCUUUUCUUUUUUUCUUUUUAUACGUAACUAAAGUUAUUUUACCAAAGAGAAAUUGUGCCAUUAGAAAGUGCCAAAUAAUGGAAAUGUGUAUGUGUUUUUUUUUUCUUUUUGUAAUAAAAAAAAAGAAUAGUCGAAUUGUAUAUUAGUUAAUAUUUGAAAACGUAUUCGACAAAAAAUAUAUUACUUAUUAAAGGUGACAUGUUAUCUUUUCAAAUAUAUAAAAGAUAAUAUUAUAUAUUGUAUAAAAAUAUUCACAAUCUAUGCUCAUAAUUAUUAUCUAAUAGAAAACAUUUGCCUUUCUUCUUUUCAUUUUACAAUCGAAACGAAUCUACAAUAAGUGUACGAUGAAUUUUUUUUUUUUCUUUUUUUUUUUUUUUAUAUAUAUA